AUGAGUGGAGCUAAUGUGGACGCAGUGGUGGAGGGCAUUGACCGGGUGUAUGGCAUUGGCGAGCAGGUCGAGGCAGCCACCGAGGUCCUCGUCUCCACCCUCUUCAUGCCUCAGCUGGAAGACCAGAUCGUAGCUGACAUCGAUCGCUUGCACAACCUUCUUGCUGAGCUCCUUGUCGCCGGUUCAAAGUUUGUCCAAAAGGCUGCUUCUACAGGUAUCGACAAAGAGCUCGACACCGCCUCCAAGAUCUUCAUGUCGCGGCUGGGCAUGCUGGGCGAUGCUUUGGACUCGCUUGCAUGCGCCAUGGCUCCAGAUAGCGCCCCGCUUGCGGACUCUUCUCGCGAUCAGAGCACGAAUCAGAGCAUCAUCGUUGUUGCCCCGCCGCUACUCUCAGUUCUUGAUGAGCUGCAGGCCGACAUCGCCUGUGUCCUCGCUGACAACGCCCAGAGCGCCGAUCGUGUCGAGGCCUCUAUCAAAGACCUUAUCGUCACCUGCAACUCCGAGUGCGAGGUCAUGGCUUCAGAUUCUAUGGCUAUUGCGUGGUACAAGGGCCUCGGGAAUGCACUACUCACACGCGCUGCUGCGCUCCGUGGCCUUGCAGGCGAUGCGGUCGCAGACGCCAUUGCCGAAAUCAAGGCCAACGCUCACGAUCUUGUCCGCUGGUCGGUUUCGGUUUACGUCCGUGGUGAGAUCAUCCAGUCGACGACUGCUUCGCAUGCUCUCGUCCGCUUCCUCCGCGCCCAGCCCGAGGAGGCCGUCCCGUCAUCGCUUCACGCCACCAUGGACACGCUGGCUGCCGCCGGCGUCGCUCUUCUCAAGCUCAUCAAGAACAUCCGUGCCGUCGCUCCGCCGUCUGCUCCUCCACUCCAGCUGCCUUCCGCAGACCUCGACACCCUCUCUGAUCGCAUCGAGUCGUCCGUCGAGGCCACAUCGCAGGUGGUGGCCGGUGCCCUCGCCGCCCGUGCCUCGCUCACCAUCGUCGCCCCGGACGCGGUUGCCGAGCUUGACAGCCUGCUGGAAAUCGUCGCCAACUCGCUCCGCGCCUCUCGCGCUGCCCUUGCUGAGUGGUCUGUCGUCUGCGACUAUUCCAUGGACGAGCCGUCUGUCCUCUCCUCUACCCGGACAGACGGCGCAAGCUCACCGGUCGAGGCCACUUCCUCGCUCCUUGCCGUUGUGCACGGUCUGCAGUCGAUCGAGGCUGCCGUCAACGAGGGUGUUUUUGAGCUCGAUCUCUCAGGCCUCGAGCCGGGAUCCACCCCGAGCGGCGACCUUCUUGUCGACGUCGGCAACGGUGUGCUACAGCUCCUCUGCGACCUUGUAGCCUCGCUUGUCGCCUACGUCCGCGUCGCGUCUACCGCGCCCGCCAAGCUUGGACUCUGUCUCUCGGGCAUCGCCCUCCUCAUGGAGGACGUCGAGCCUGAGAUUCGCUACCUACUCUCGCUCGCAGUCCUGAUCGAACCCGAACUCUCGCUUGCUCGUGACAUCCUCGUUCACCUCCCGCACAAGGCUGUCGAGCUGGCCCUCGACAUGGAGGCCAUCUUCCGCAUCACCACCGAGACAAGCGUGCUUGACUCUGCCCAGGCUGACGCUCUCGGCGCUGCCGUCGGCGCUGCAUGCCGCAUCGACGGUAUCGUUCGCUCGCUGAGCGCCAUCCUCUCUGCUGUCGCAGACACCAACGAGAAUAACGCCCUACCUUCGUCUGAGCGGCCGAGUGCCCUCGGCGCUGCUCUCGGCGCUCUCGGCGCUGAGCUUGAGACUGACGCAGCCAGGGCUGUCAUCCGCGACUUGGAGCCGGAGGCUCUCGGUGACCUUGCGCUCGCCUCGCGCUCUGCAGGCGGUGCUGCUGCCGUUGCUGUUCCACCUGUCCUCCCCGACUCGGCUGUUGCUGGCACCGACCGCCUCUUGCAUGCUCUCGCCUCCAUGCUCUCGGCCCUCUGCCGCAACGUCGAGCCGCGCGAGUUUCUUCUCCACCGCAUCGAGACCGUCCGCUGCUUGCGCAACGUUCUCGGCUGCCUUGUUGUGGAGCGCACCCGGGCUGAGGUCCGCGCUCGCGUCCCGUCCACAGCAGGCAAGCGCAUCUUGGACCUCGUGGCACACAUUUGCACGGCCUGCUCCACUCUUCACCUCGAGGCCUCGACCUCGCUCGCUCACGGUCUCGGCUUCUUCCUCUCGUCGCCGACUGCAAAGUCGGCGCUGGCCGACAUGGCUGAGGCUCUCGCUGCGCUUGCCUCCUUCCUGGCCUCCGUCUUGUUCUUUGACGAUGUUGCCGACUCGCUUCCCAACUCGGUCGAGCCGCUCCUCAAGACCUUGUCGUUUCUCGCCGAGCCGUCGCCAGUCGACCGCGCCGUUGCCGUUGUCGUUUCGCUCGAGGCGGCGGUCAACCCAGACUCACCGCUGCAUGCCGCCCACGACAGCCUCUUUGCCACCUUUGAGUCUGAGGCGGGCUUGGUCGUGAGCGCGUGUCCCAGCGAUGCUCCGCUGUUCAAGCUCCUGCAAGCCAGGCUCCAUGCCGCCCAAGCUGCCCAGGCCCAAGCCCAGCGCCUGGCCGCUGUCCACGCCGCCCGCUCUUUCGUCACCUUUGCCACCCAUCCCAAGACUCGGCUAUACCUGGAGCACUUUACCGGAGCGCUCGCCCGCGCCCGGCAGAUCUCAACCUCGGCGCGCCUCGCCCCACCCUCGCCGCUGCUGCAGCCGACUGCCGGCUCCAACGACCUCGAGACCGUCAACGAUGUGGAGGAGUUGCUACGCUUGCUCAUCCUUGCCACCGCAUCGCGAGUCGCUUCGGCUGUCUCGGGCUACGUCUACCAGCUGCAGGCUCGACUCCUUGACCUCAACUCGCGGGCCCGCGUCACCUCGGUGACACAGGACGCCGGUGUCCGCAUCGAGCGGUGCUUGACUCUGGCUCAAGACUAUGUCUACGACGUCGAGGCCGAUGCGGUCGAUGCGACAGAGACGCUCGUCAAGGCCCACAAUGCUGCGCUCGACACCCUGCACAAGGUUCGCAACGAGUUGCUCGCUCCAUUGGUGCCUCCGUCCAGUGCCCUGGACUUUUCCCUCUCGCCACUCAAGCGCAAUGAGUCCGAGUCCGAGUCGCUCAUGUCCGAGAACCCGCCUUCAAGCCGCGGUGGGCGCGCUCAGCAAAGUAACUUGGCGUCGCUGGUCUCAUUUGCCUCGCGGCGCGCCUCGCUUUCGUCCACGCCCAAGGAGAAGAUCUCAGACUCGGAAUCGUCGCCGUCUUCGUCGUCUCCGCCUCCGUCGUCGGCAGGCAUCUCUGCCUCGUCGGCAGACUCGGUCCCAGCUGCCCUCGACUCCAGCUCAGACUCGGACUCGUCGUCGCUCGACACUGCAGAUCUCGAAGCUGCUCAGGAAGCCGCUGAUGCUGCUGCAGCCAUCGGCUCGACCACUCCCGCUGCAUCACGUGAUGUGACGCCUGCUGAGGCUGCAUCACCGCCUGCCUCGGCCUCGGGCUCGGCCUUGGGCUCGGCCUCGAGCUCUGCUUCGAGCUCGUCUUCGGCUUCGGGCUCGGUCGUGCUGCGCGAAAGCCAAAGUCUUGGUGAGCACCCGCCAGUCGCUCCGGCCCCGGCGCCGCUGGCAGAGGAGACAGCUGUUGCAGCAGCCAACCAUACCGGCGAUGGUCUCGCGCCCGAGCUCCAGGUUCUCAUCGAUGCCAUUGGCCAAGACAUGGUGUUCGUUGCCGAGGCACUCGCCAACCCGCAGCUCGGCGAGACUCACGCAGUUUCGUCGCUGGCCUCGUCGGUCAAGAACUUUAUUGCCAUGGCCGAGGCCGUGUGCGGAGAAAACAACGCGGUCUUUGCUGCCGCCGAAGAUCUCGGCGUAUCCAUGUCACACCUUGUGGCUUGCGUCGUCACCGUGGCCGAGGUCGAGGUCGAUGAGUCCUCAUCACAUGAAGCGCUCGACCGCGCCCUUGGCGCAGCAGUGGAAGCCCUCUCUGGCGUCGGACACGCUACCAAGACGCUCACUGCAACGCUUGUGGCGCUGUUCGGGGCGACCGGCGGCGAUGCGAACGGGCAUCUAGCCCUGGAAGAGACUUACUGUGACGACGAUUUUCUCUCGUACUCGGACGUGCCGACCCACAUGGUGCGGCACGAGUCGUGGACCUCACUCUGUGAGUCGGGCUCAAGCGAUCCGCCCCUGCAGGUUGCAGGCGUCCGGGUCCAGAUGGCGGUUGACGCCAUGUUUGCCACGGACUCGGUUGAUGGCCUCGUCUCGCGCGGCAUCGACGUGCUCAAAGAGCUCAAGGCCGUGGCGGAUCUUGCCACCGACGCUGCUCAGAUCAACGAAGAGUUUGUCGAGGACGUGAGGGAGGUGGUCCAGCUUCUUGCCAAGGCCGUCGGCACUAUUCGCUCCGAUCCAACAGCGGCAACGCCCGAGUUCAUGCAUGAGCUUGCACAGCUUCUAGAGGACGAUGUCUACGUCCUAGGCUCGGAGCUGGAGCAAGGUCUGUAUGGCGUCGACUCGGACAACACUCAGUCGGACGAUGCGGGUGAGUCAAGCGGUGCGGGUGCACCGACUGCGGUGUCGCCGGUUGCAGAGCGGCGCCAAGCUGUGCUCCGCACCGAUGAGGGCAACUGGCAUGUCUUUGCCCGCUCACUGCAGUCGUUGUAUGGGCAUGCAGUGGCGACGGCCCAUGCCAAGUCUGGUCAGCGCGAGCUUGCGCGCGUCCUCGUCAAGCGCAUGGCCGAAGUUGCCGGCGCCAUGGAAAUGGUUGCCGGCCAGUGCGAGACCCGUGGGCGGGACACAACCGCGACGACGCUCCACGAGCUCGUGGCAACGCUUACUCAAAGUGGCGUUCGCGCCGCCGCCGCCGCCCAAUGCGACGACGCCAGCGGAGAGAGCCUUGGCAGCAGCCACGUGGUCGAGGCCGAGAACGUAUUUAUCAGCGUGGCGGCGGCGAUCGGCGAGGUCAUGGUCCGCGUCAUGAAGCGGAUGCAAGCAGCCGGCUCGGGCGCUGACCUCGACGCGCCCGACGCCAACCCGGACGAAACGUGGGUGGAGCAGUGGUCACCGCUGUACGAAGACGUCAUGUACGAGUCGUCACGCGGAGUGGUGCUGUGGCGCGAGCCGGUGUGCGGCUCGAUUGAGCGGCUGCCAGACGACGCACCGCGGCUGCGGUCGUCGCUGGUCCCUCCGGAGGAGGUGCUCCACGAGGUCGGUGGCCAACCGAUGCUGGCGUACGCCAUUGUGGCGGCCAAAGCAGUGCUGCACUGCGCGGCGCUACUGGAAGCCGGCGGAGUUGCGCUCAAUGUGGUCAUUCCCAAGACGCUCAAGACGUCAUGCAAGACGGCGCGAAUGCUACUGAAAGCAGCGCGCAAAGCUGUGGUUGAGCACACCAAGGACUUUGGGCUCGGUGGUGUCAUGCGCGCCCUCGAGCUUGGGCUCGACUCGGUCAAGUCGUUUUGGGCGACGGUCAAGCGGGUGCUCCGCGAUGGCGAAGUGAGCGACGCCAAGGCGAGUGCUGCGUCGUCGCAGGCAUUCCACGACGGCGUCAAGGCGCUGUCGUCGAUGGUGGCGGCGGUUAACGAGCUUCAGGCCGAACGCGGUGGAGGAAAGAGUAAGGCUGGAAGCGCAGCGCCGAGCCGAAGCCGUGGCCUGCGCGGCACGGUGGCGUCGAGCCAGCCGCGGCAUCGGACAGCGCCGCGGUCGCUGCAUGUGGCGUCGGGCGCGACGCGACGGCUAUGGGUCGGCGAUGUGGCCACAGUGGUCGAUGCUCUGGCGCCAAGCUUCCACAAGCUAGUGGAGGGCAAGUCGUCAGCUCGCCACGAGGCGGUGUGCGAACUUCACGACGGGCCGGUCGGGCGGCUGGUGCAGACUGCGCAGCGGCUGGUGGCCGAAGCGAACGACAACGAGACAAGCACUGCGCACGUCUCGCUGGCACCGUCGCUUGUGCACGAGCUCUCGGCCGUGGCAGGUGCGAUGGCGUCGACAGGCCGCAAAGUGGUAGUUAUGGACAAGACCGCGCGCAAAGAGAAGCGCAAGAAGUUUGACAUGCUGGCAGCGGCGUACGCCAAGGGUGUUAAGAAGCUUAUGGCAGACGUGGCGCUUGUCGUUGCAGUCCGCAACAUCGCCGACGCGGGCAUGGCACUGGCGGCCGCCGCGGCCGAGUCUGAGCUCAGUGAGCCGCUCGCUGCCGCGGUGAAGAAUGCACAGCACCUGGCGGCCGGCGAGGACGCCAAGCUCAAGGAGCUCAAGGUUGCGGUCCGCAACGUGGCACGGGCCGUACAGGCCGAGAUGAGCGACGACGCGCUGCUGCCGGCCAUCAAACGAGUCGGGUGGAUUCUGGACAUCACCAAGUCGAUGUAUCGCAAGGUCAAGGCUGUGCUCCGUGUGUAGUCUGUUUUAACUGUGCUAAAUGUCCGG